AUGCAGAACGACGAGGUGCCAUGGUUGGGCAUGGCCGGCAAGUGCUCCGCCACCAAUCGAUUGAUCCCUGCGAAGGAGCACGGUGCUGUGCAGCUGAACGUGGCACAGGUCGAUGAGCAGGGCACCUACUCCGGUGAGUUCUACACCUUCGCCUUGGCGGGAUUCAUCCGCCAGCGUGGCGAGAGCGAUGCUUGUGAUCCCGAAGCCACACUGCAGCUCUUGCCAAGCGAGAAGAAUGCACGAAAGGUGGCGGUUCGAGGCGUUUUAAGAAAGGAGGACGAGCUCCAGGACGGCUUUGAGCCCAAGAGAACAAUCACAGAGGGCAAUGCAGCCACACUGAAAAGAGCAGCUUUGGGCUGCGUUUGCAGAAAGGGCUUGAAACCAGAAAGCCCGAGUCAAGAUGACUUUUGCGUUUUUCACACAGGUCUUGCCACUUUAGUGGGCGUCUUUGAUGGCCAUGGCCCCUUUGGGCAUGACGUGGCCAACUUUGUGCAGGAAAAUCUUCCUCGGGAGUUUCUGAAAUCUGAAAGUUUUCAGCAAAAUGAUAUUGAAAGGGCUUUGAAGGAGGCCUUCUCCGCCACGCAGCAGAAAUGUCUGGAAAAAGCCGAACUGGAGGAGGGCAGCUUGGAUUGUUCUUUGAGCGGCACCACUGCCACAAUGGCAUUUGUGAAGAAGAGUGUGCUGUACAUUGCAAACGUGGGUGAUUCUACAGCUAUUUUGGCGAAGAAGACUAGUGGUAAAGCCUAUGGCUGGGAGCAGAUCACUCGACUUCAUCGUUUGUCGGAUGAAGAUGAGAGGCAACGAGUGGAAGAUGCUGGAGGGCAAGUGAAACGCCUCGAUGGGGAUCUUCCACAGCGGUUGUUUCUGAAGGACAAGCUGUACCCAGGUUUGAUCAACAGCCGCUCUUUGGGUGACACCAUUGGUGCGAGCUGUGGUGUUAUUUGUGAAGCCGAUGUGAAGCGGAUUGAAUUCAGGGGAAAGGAUCAAUUCAUGUUGCUGUGCUCUGACGGAGUAUGGGAAUUCUUCGAAAUGCAGGAGGCAGUCGACUUGGUGGCUCCUUUUGGAAAGGCUAAGGCGCAAGAAGCUGCCGAGGCCCUGGCAAAAGAAGCAUGGAAACGCUGGAUCCAGGAGGAAGGGAAUGUGGUCGACGACAUCACAGUCAUAGUUUGCUGGCUUUAA